GGUCUGGGAUUCGCACCGACGACAGGCUAAUAGGAAACAGAGUUUUCCAAUGAAACGCCCCGCAUCAGUCGCAAACAUGAAAAGUGAAUUCAUUUUGUUUCAUAGAAUGUAUGCUCGUUCUGGGAUUCGGCGGCGGUAAAUAAAUCUGGGGAAGUUGCUUUAUUCUUGUCUCCUUUUUAGGACUAUAUAAAUAAGGAAAGAGAGCGUCUGAUAAUUCAAGCUGGCUGUGACCUGCAUAGUUGAGGCGGAGGAGGAAGAGAGCACAGCACUGAUAGGAGGACCAACCCAGGAGCUUAUGAUGGAAUGCAGCGACGAAGAUUCUCGUCCUCAGAAAAUCCACGACGAGGACCCGUUGUCCGUGGACAGCCCAGAAACCGCUCACCAGAUUAGCAAAGAUUCAUGGUUUCAAGUGGGAUUCGUCCUGACUACUGGUAUCAACAGUGCUUAUGUACUGGGAUACUCUGGGACUAUCAUGGUGCCUUUGGGUUGGAUAUUUGGUGUAGUUGGUUUGAUCGCAGCCACCGCUAUAUCUUUGUAUGCAAAUACUCUUAUUGCCAAUCUUCAUGAAUUUGGGGGGAGGAGGCAUAUCAGAUACAGAGAUCUGGCGGGAUAUAUAUACGGUAGGAAAGCUUAUUCUCUCACAUGGGGAUUGCAAUAUGUCAAUCUUUUCAUGAUUAACACUGGGUUUAUCAUUUUGGCUGGUUCGGCCCUAAAGGCUGUUUAUGUACUUUUCAGGGAUGACCAGGCCUUGAAGCUCCCAUACUGUAUUGUUAUAGCUGGGUUUGUAUGUGCCUUGUUUGCCAUAUGUAUACCCCAUUUAUCAGCGCUAAGGAUUUGGCUGGGAUUUUCAACAUUCUUCAGCCUAGUUUAUAUAAUCAUAGCAUUCGUGCUGUCGCUUCAAGAUGGAAUCAAGGCCCCAGCCAGGGAUUAUGGCAUUCCAGGAACAACAAGCAGCAAAAUCUUCACAACAAUAGGGGCAGCUGCUAAUCUUGUUUUUGCAUUCAAUACCGGAAUGCUUCCAGAGAUACAGGCAACUGUGAGGAAGCCUGUUGUUGACAACAUGUUAAAAGCUUUGUACUUCCAGUUCACAGUGGGGGUUUUACCAAUGUAUCUUGUCACUUUUGUUGGAUACUGGGCUUAUGGAUCUUCUACAUCUUCUUACUUGCUCAACAAUGUCACCGGUCCGGUUUGGGUCAAGGCGAUGGCCAAUAUUUCUGCCUUUCUGCAGACAGUCAUUGCUUUGCAUAUAUUUGCAAGUCCAAUGUACGAGUAUUUGGACACCAAAUACGGUAUUAAAGGAAGUGCAUUGUCAUAUCGCAACUUGUCAUUCAGAAUUGCGGUAAGAGGCGGCUACCUAGCUAUUAACACGCUGGUUUCAGCUCUUUUGCCGUUCCUCGGAGACUUCAUGAGCCUCACAGGGGCAAUCAGCACAUUUCCUUUGACGUUUAUCCUAGCAAACCACAUGUAUCUAGUGGCGAAGAAGAACAAACUCAGCUCAUUACAGAAGCUCUGGCAUUGGCUCAACGUUUGUUUCUUUGGCUGCAUGUCCGUGGCAGCUGCAGUUGCAGCCUUGAGGCUCAUUUCCGUAGAUUCCAAAGCAUACCAUGUAUUUGCGGAUAUAUGAUGGCUUUCUCUUCUAGUAUCAGAAGAAGAAGAAGAAAAAAAAAAGGAAAUGAUGGUUUUCCCUUCUAGUCUUCUUCCCACAUUUUUUUUUUAAAGAAAAUGUUAUAUAGAGUACUCUCAUUUCACUAAUAUUCUAUCCUGGUGACAUUGCUUAUAAUCUUUGAAUCAACUCUUAUUCUUUUAAAGAAAAAAAUCACGGAUUAAUAGAAAGUGCUCUCAGUAUAAUAAGAUGAA